AUGAGUUGUCUAUGCAGUGUCAAGUAUGCUUUCAAGUUAAAUGGAAAGGUAGGAGGUUCGGCGACUCCAACUUGCGGCUUGAGGCAAGGCGACCCUAUAUCGCCGUACAUGUUCCUUUUAUGUGCUGAGGCAUUCUCUUCUCUACUGUCCAAAGCUGCACUAGACGGUUGUAUACAUGGUGCAAAAGUGUGCAAAGGGGCUCCACGUGUAUCUCACCUCUUCUUUGCCGACGAUAGUAUAUUAUUUGCAAGGGCGAUACUUCAGGAAUGUUCUGUAAUAGCUAAUGUGAUUAGCUUGUAUGAAAGAGCAUCAGGGCAAAAAAUAAAUUUCAAUAAAGCUGAAGUCACCUUUAGCAAAAAUGUGGAAUCAACGAGAAGAAAUGAAAUUCUGAAUAUGCUUGGGGUUCGAGAAGUGGCACGACAUGAGAAGUACCUAGGCCUACCAACAAUAAUUGGCCGGUCCAAGAGAGCGGUCUUUGCGGUUUUAAAGGAACGAAUUUGGAAAAAACUUCAAGGUUGGAAGGAAAAGCUUCUAGCCCGUCCAGAUUCUGGUGGGGGGCCGACAACACCAGGCGCAAAGUCCACUGGGUUAGCUGGGAAAAGCUUUGCUUCCCAAAUGUAUGGGCGGUAUGGGGUUCAGAGACUUGAAAGUGUUCAAUCAAGCCUUAUUAGCCAAACAAGGGGGCAUGACCCAAGCUUUGUUUGGAGAUCCAUUUGGGGGGCAAAAUCCCUUCUCCUUGACGGUUUAAAGUGGAGAGACUUGUUGGAUGCCCAGACCGGAGAAUGGGAUGUAGAGGCGAUUACAAAUCACCUAACCGUAGAAGAUGCUGCAUUAGUGAGGGAAAUACCUCUGAGUGUGAGGAUGACUGCUGAUGUUUUGUACUGGUGGCCUGCAAAGGAUGGAGUAUACUCCACAAAAACGGGAUAUUGGCUCGGUAGGUUGGGGCACAUUCGAGAUUGGAUGCUGCGUUUUAGUGGGUCGUGCAAUGAAGUGUGGAAGACAAUUUGGAGUCUAGGAGGACCCCCAAAACUCUGUCACUUUCUAUGGAGAGCCUGUACUAAAUCUCUAGCUACGCAAGGGCGACUUAAAGACAGACAUGUAGCAAGUGACGGGUCAUGUAGCUUGUCCGGUGCGGAUGAGGAAUCUAUAGUGCACACACUGGUUGAGUGCCCGGAAGUUCAGAUGGUGUGGCAUAAUUCACCCUUCCAACUGGUCUUGCAGGAAGCCCCAAAGACAUCCUUUAUGUCCUUGUUCGAAUGGUUAAUGGGCAAGCUCUCAAAGCAGGAGCUGCUGUCCUGUGCCACCAUAGCAUGGGCUGCGUGGACAUUCCGCAAUUCCGUCGUCUUUAAUGAACUGUGGAGUGAUCUCGAAAGAGGGGUGGUUGGCUUUGUCAGACUAGUAGAGGACUACAAAGAGUACGCUGUUGCGGUCUUCAACAGACCAACACAACUUCAUGGUGUACAGUCGAGAGCAAGCUGGUGUAUCCCUGCACAUGGGAAUGUGAAGGUAAAUGUUGAUGCAGCAACUUUUGGAGGAGGUGGAUUUGGGUUAGGUGCUGUAGUACGGUCGAGCACAUGUGAAAUACUGGAUGUAGGGGUCAAAAGGUACGGUUCAGCGUGGGAUGCAGGACUUGGUGAGGCAAUGGCAGCCCGUUUUGGGCUUUUUGUGGCAGCAAGAUUGGGAUACAUGGAGAUUGAGUUAGAAAGUGAUGCUCUACAGGUUGUGAAAGCAUUGAACAAGCAGAAGGUGGGAAGCACUCCAAAAGAUCUGAUGUUGGAGGAUACUCUGAGUAUUAGCUUACAAUUUAACUCCUUUUGUUGUAGUCACGUUCGUAGGGCCGGGAAUGCCGUGGCUCAUCUAGCGGCUAGAAUACUCCCUUCUAACGGAGUGGAGCAAAUUUUUGUAGACUCUUUUCCGCAAGGUCUCAUAACCUUGGCGGAGCUCGAUUUAAUUCCUUAA